AUGUCGACAUCCAACCUUACUCCAGAAAACUGGCCCGCUUCCAAGGUUAGAAAUACUUUCCUCGAAUACUUUAAGGACAUUCGAAACCAUACAUUUGUCCCCUCUUCUUCUGUCAUCCCCUACGAUGAUCCCACUCUUCUCUUUGCCAAUGCAGGCAUGAAUCAGUACAAGCCCAUCUUCUUGGGUACCGUCGAGCCCUCCUCUCCUCUUUCAAAGCUUACCCGCGCUGCAAACUCUCAAAAGUGUAUUCGUGCUGGUGGCAAGCACAAUGAUCUCGAGGAUGUUGGUAGAGACAGUUACCACCACACCUUUUUCGAAAUGCUGGGUAACUGGUCCUUUGGUGACUACUUCAAGAAGGAGGCCAUCCCUUGGGCCUGGGAGCUUCUUACCAAGGUCUACGGCCUUGACCCUAACCGUCUUUACGUGACCUACUUUGGUGGCGACGAGAAGCAGGGCCUGGAGCCCGAUCUCGAGGCCAGACAGAUUUGGCUCGACAAUGGUGUCCCUGAGGAUCACAUUCUUCCUGGAGAUGCCAAGGAUAACUUUUGGGAAAUGGGUGAUCAAGGCCCAUGCGGCCCUUGUUCCGAAAUCCACUAUGACCGCAUUGGUGGUCGCAAUGCUUCCCACCUUGUCAAUAUGGAUGACCCCAAUGUUCUUGAGAUUUGGAACAUUGUGUUUAUCCAAUUCAACCGUGAGGCUAGCGGUGAGCUUCUCGUCCUCCCUGCCAAGCACAUUGAUACUGGUAUGGGUUUUGAACGUCUUGUGUCUGUUCUCCAGGACAAGCUUUCCAACUACGAUACUGAUGUUUUCACCCCUAUCUUUGAACGCAUUCAGGAGCUUACUGGCGCUAGACCUUAUGCUGGUGCCUUUGGCAAGGACGAUGUUGAUGGCAUUGACACUGCUUACAGAGUUGUUGCUGACCACGUCCGCACUCUGACUUUUGCCAUUGCUGAUGGCGGAUACCCUAACAAUGAAGGCCGUGGCUAUGUUCUUCGUCGCAUUCUCCGCAGAGGUGCCCGCUACGUCCGCAAGAAAUUUGAUGUUCCUAUUGGCAACUUUUUCUCUCGUCUUGCUCCUGUUCUCAUUGAACAGGUUUCUGACAUCUUCCCCGAGCUCAAGAAGGAUACUGAGACCAUUUUUGAGAUUCUCAAUGAAGAAGAACAAUCCUUUUCCCGCACCCUUGAUCGUGGUGAGAAACUCUUUGAGCAAUACGCCGAAACUGCCAAGAAGAAUGGCCAGACCAAGCUUAAUGGUAAGGACGUUUGGAGACUUUACGAUACUUAUGGUUUCCCCGUUGAUCUUACUCGCUUGAUGGCUGAGGAAGCUGGUCUCGAGAUUGACGAGGCUGAGUUUGAGACUGCUCGUCUUGCUUCUUACGAGGCUUCCAAGCGUGGUAAACGCUCUGCCGGUAAGGAGCUUCUUAAGCUGGAUGUUCACAGUCUUGCUGCUCUUGAACAGGAGCACAAGGCCCCUAGAACUGAUGACCAUUACAAGUACCUCCCUGGUGACGUUGAUGCUAAGAUCAUUGCCAUCUACUCCGACAAUAAGUUUGUUGACACUACUGAGGGUCUUGCUGAGGAUUCCCAGAUUGGUGUUUUGCUUGACAAGACCAACUUUUACGCUGAGCAGGGUGGUCAGGAAUACGACACUGGUAAGAUUGUCAUUGACGGUGAGUCUGAGUUUGAGGUUGAGAAUGUCCAGACUUAUGCUGGUUAUGUUCUCCACACUGGCUACAUCAAGUACGGUAACUUCAAACUCGGUGACAAUGUUGUUGCUGGCUUUGACGACCUUCGUCGUUGGCCCAUUCGCAACAAUCACACUGGUACCCACAUUUUGAACUUUGCUCUUCGUGGCGUUCUUGGUGAUGGUGUUGACCAGAAGGGUUCCCUUGUUGCCCCCGAGAAGCUUCGUUUCGACUUUUCUCACAAGCAGGCUUUGACUCUUCCAGAGCUUGAGAAGGUUGAGAAUAUUUCCAAUGAGGAGAUUUCCAAGAAUGUCCCUGUUUAUGCUAAGGAUGUUCCUCUUGCUCAAGCCCGUGAGAUUUCUGGUGUUCGUGCCGUUUUUGGUGAGACCUACCCUGAUCCUGUUCGUGUUGUCUCUGUCGGUAUUCCCGUUGAGGAUCUCCUUGCCGAGCCCGAAAAUAUCAACUGGACCAAGGCUUCUAUUGAGUUUUGCGGUGGUACCCAUGUUGCAAAGACUGGUGACAUUAAGGAGCUUGUGAUUAUUGAAGAGAGUGGUAUUGCUAAGGGUAUCCGUCGUAUUGUUGCUGUUACUGGUACUACUGCUUACGAUGUUCAGAAGCUUGCCAAGUCUUUUGACGAGAAGCUUGAUGCUUUGGAGGCCCACGAGUUUGGUGCUGAGAAGGAGGCCCGCUCCAAGGCUCUUGGUGUUGAGCUGAAGCAACUGACUGUUGCUGUUUUGGCCAAGGCAAAGCUCAAUGAGAAGUAUACCAAGAUUCAGAAGAAGAUUUCUGAUGAGCUCAAGGCUCGCCAGAAGGCUGAGGCCAAGAAGGCUCUUGAGACUGUGACUGGUUACUUUGAAGAGCACAAGGAUGCUCCUUACCUUGUUGCUAACAUUGCCGACAUUUCUGCCAACUCCAAGGCUCUGACAGAAGCUAUCAACUACGUCAAGAUCAAGGCGUCCGAUAAGUCCGUGUACCUCUUUGCCGGCGAGGAAGGUAAGGUUGCCCACGGGUGCUACAUUGGCAAGCCUGCGCUCGACAAGGGUGUCACUGCCCAGGAUCUUGGUGCUGUUGCAACCAAGCACGUUGGUGGUCGCAGCGGUGGCAAGGGACCCACUGUGCAGGGUUCUGGUAUUGACGAGAAGCAGAUUGGUGCUGCCGUUGACGAGAUUACUGCUCUUCUUAAGGAGAAGCUUUAA